AUGCUACACCACGGCUUCCCCCCCAACAAGCGCAAACGCACCUACGGCACCUUCUGCUGCGACUACGACGGGUGUGGCCGCAGCUUCACCCCUUGCACCUGGCCAGGGUGUGAGUUGGUGUUCUCCAGGAACGACGUUCGGGAGAAGCACAUCCAGCGCCACGCUGCACGGGUCAAAAAGGCCGACGGCUCUGCUGGCGAUGACGACGAUGACGACGACGACGACCACCCCGAGUACAGCAAGGAGAACGCCCCCCUGGCUGGCACUGGCGCUUCCUCCACUUACCACGAGAACGUGCUGGUCAGCCCAGAGUCCAUGACGCCGUUGACCAAGCCGUUGUCACCCUCCGACUUGAUCGAGUGGCUCUUCCACGACGACUCGCUCGCCCGUGGCGACAAGCUCGUAUCGUCCGAGUUCCACAACUUCCCCAACGAGGUGUCGCCUGUGUCGUCGCUCAUUGAGAAUGUGUUUGCCAUCACUCCCCAGUUCCCACACUCUAGCACCAGAGACCUGGUGGACGACUCGGUGCGCCUGGAGCUCAUUUCCCACAUCCCGUCCCUUGGCCUCAACCAGGACUUUGGCCUCCCGCACAUCGAGCGCUGUCUCGAGAUCUACUGGUCCACAUUCCAUCCUCAGUACCCCAUCUUGCACAGGCCGUCGUUCUCCAACUCGGAGGCCCAUCCGCUUCUCUUGCUCUCCAUGAUCAUGGUGGGUGCCAGCUUGGUGCCCUGCAGUGGCCACAAGGAGUCGCUCUUCGUGGCACCCCAGAAGCUCGCAGAACACAUCGCAGAGCCGCUCCGCUGGCUCAUCUUCUCCAACGCAGAUUGCAAGCCGCCUGCCAAGCUCUACGUGGUGCAGAGCCUCUUGCUCUUGGAGUCAUUUGAGAUCACCAGCACCAGCCGUUUCUUGCACGAGCGCUCGUUCUUAUACCACGGAACAAAGAUCCAGCUCUUGCGACGCUCGCCCAUCUUGGGAGGAGAUCCGCUCAAGCAGAACGUGGAAGACCAGGACCCGCAGGUGUGGAAACAGUGGAUCGAGUUCGAGUCCAUGAAGCGUGCGUGCCUCAUGGCGUUCCACUUGGAUACUGUCAACUCCACGGUCUACGGCCAUACCCUCAUCCUCUACGCCUACCAGAUCAAGCUCUCCUUGCCGUGCGAAGACAGCUUGUGGGAGUACGACAACGAGUACACAAAAAUCGACUCCAUCAGCAAGUUCCAGUCCCCCAAGUUCUUGGACGCCCUCAAGGGCCUCUUGCACCGGAAACACAUCCAGACGAGCACCUUCGGAAAGUCGAUUCUUUUGGCGGGGCUUUUGACCAUCAUGUUCCAAAUGCAGCAGAAAGAUUUGCAGCUUUCGUUCUUGGAGUGGGACUCCAUGAAAGAAUCGUGGAACGAGAUCAUCUCCAUUGCAAUUGAUGUUUGGAGAGUUGAAAUGUGCCCCAACGGGUGCUUUGAUACCAAAACAGCCCUUCAUUUCACUGAAAGAGACUACCCUAAUAUACCUCCCAUGCUCAAGUACGAAGAUACUAGAUGCAAGUUCAGUCUUUACCACAUCGCCCAAAUCUACAUGAGAAUCACCCAUUAUGACUACAUUGUCUACGCGGGGGCACCCAGCAGAAUGAAUGUGACUGUUACCGAGACCGAAUACCAGAACGUCGAAAGAAGAGUGAAAGAAUGGUCCCACAGCACCAAUGGUGAUAUCACCGUGGUGCAUGCUUACUUAUUUUUAUUUGAAAUGCUUUUAUCACCACACAACGAAGAUAUAAGCUACCUGUAUGAUCCUAACACUGAUCCCUUUUUGCAUAGGAAAAAUAUAAUGGCGAGUGCUAUUCUAGUGAUAUUUGCUUACAACUUUUCCAAAUAUGGAAAUGAAUCCAAUUUCUUUGGAAGCUUAGAUGGUGAUAGUUUUUAUCCUGACAGAGAAGAUGGUUAUUCUUAUUUGAGAAGAAUCAGAAAAAACUUCAUUUCUUGCAUCUCGGGUCCUCUUCACCAAAUAAAUCGCGAAGACAGCCUUGAAUAUCACAAAGAGAUCAAAGCGUUUGCUGCGCAGAUGAAGAAUAUCGAAAACACACAUCAUAUCGCAGGCCUUUUGAAGAUUUUUCAUAAAGGAUUCACCAACUCUAAUUGGGAAGUUGGAAGGGAGUACUCCCGGCUUUUUAAGAAUUGCAUUGAAAGAUGUUUGGGGAGGGAGUCAAUCACUUGUGUAAAUAUGUACGAAUAG